AUGGGAGCUCCGAGCUCCCCCAGAGCUGCUUCCCACGCCGUGGCCAACAGCUACGGCAGAAACUGGGAACCUGCUCAGCAGGUCAGAACAGGAGAUGCCGAGGGAUUGACCAAGGAAUUCGCCCAGGCCCUCUCAGCGUCACCCCUUCUGGACCUGGCCCUGCCCAUCAUCGCCAGGGUCAUGUUGCCCACUUACCUCAUAACACUGGCGCAGCCACACGAUGCGGCGGCGCUGGGCGGGCGCUGGCUCUGCGCCGUGGGCGGCUGGGACGGGGCGCGCCGUCUGGCCGCAGUGGCCGCCCUGGAUGCGGAGCGCGGAGAGUGGGAGGCGUGGACGGCGGCCCCCGGCAGCUGCCCCCCUGCCGGCCUCAGCAGUCACACCUGCACCCGCCUCUCGGACCGAGAGCUGCGGGUGGCAGGCCGGGAGGGGGGGACGCGCACUCAGCGUCGCUAUGGAAGCAUCUACACGUUGAGGCUGGACCCCGGCGCCCGCACCUAUUGCUACAGGGAAGAAAGCUGCCGCUCGGCCUCCCGCUCGGGGCACUGCGCCGCCUUGCUCCCGACUCCUGGGCCCCGCCCCGGUCACCAGCUGCUGCUCUUUGGAGGCUGCGACUCAGCUGAGCCAGAAGUGGCCGGGCACUGGGGUUAUGGGAAGAUUCAGGAGGAAGCGCCUGCCGCCCCGCGUUUGACGGAGCAGCUAGCAAAGCUCGUGAGCAGUGGGCAAGGGUCCCGGCAGGGGCCUCGGGGCCUCCGGCAUCAUUCAUGCUCAGUGGUUGGGCCCUUUGCUGUGCUGUUUGGUGGAGAAACUCUGACCAGAGCUAGAGACACCAUCUGCAAUGACCUCUACGUCUACGAUGCCCGCAGGGCUCCUUCCCUGUGGUUCCACUUCCCCUGUGCAGACCGAGCGCUGAAACGCAUGGGCCAUCGGACCUGCCUUUGCAAUGACCAGCUGUACCUGGUUGGGGGUUUUGGGGAGGACGGCAGGACAGCCAGUCCACAAGUGUGCACCCUGGACCUCUUUCUCUAAAGAACGGUGCCAAGACACACUGCCAUGCCGCUGUUUUAUUGUAAACUCAAAGCAUUAUCACCAGAGCUACCUGCCUCACGUCAAAUGCUUAUUAAAUUUCCAUCUAACAGUCAA